AUUACGACCAAUCUUCGGAUGGAGAAAAUGUUUUGAAAAAAGUUUUCACAAGUUUUUAUUCGUCUGACAUGAGAUCAGGGUAGAAUAUGGCAACUACAAUAGAAGACUGGUUGAAAUCUUUCCAACUUGAACGCUACUUGUCAUUAUUCAAAGAUGCUGGAAUAACAGAGCUGAAACAAUGUAUACAUUUAACAGAAGUUGACAUCGAUAAACUUGGAAUAACACUUCCCGGCCAUAAAAAGAGACUUUUAAUGCAUUUACCCAAAUUAUCAGAUCUAUCGUUAGAUUUGGACCAUAUUCUUGAACCCCCAAAUAAAGGAUUAUACUCUGGGGAUUUUGACACAACAGUGGAGGACCAAGGAAUAUAUGAAAAUGUACAAGACACCAAAACCACAGGGGCCAUUGCAGGAGAUGACCAAGGUCAGAUUUAUGCAAAUGUGGAAUAUACGGGCCCCAACACUACCCUUGGUAUAGCGCCACCUAUACUCCCUCAAAAAACUAUGAAAAAACGUGAGGAUAUUAAUGCAAAGCUCGGUCUUGGUUCCCAGAAACCUAAGAUUGGAAAAGCCCCUGUACCCAAACCUAGAACUUCCAAGAAGCCAUCUAGCCCUGUUAAUGUAGAUAACAAAGACACAACCAACAAAGCUGUUUCUACUCCCAAAGUCCCAAGCCCAGAUUCAGAUCAACUUAAACCAAAACCAAAACCUGUCCCAAGGACACGAACCAAAACUUCACCCACUGUGAUGCACCUAGGUGGAGCCACUGUCACAGAAUCAACUGAUGAUGAUCCCAUAGGUUUAAACACAUCCCUGCCAACUGUGCUUUCUGUUCAAAAUAAUUACACUAUAAACCCACUCGAGGUUACUGAGGUUAAAAACUCAUCUGACCUUAAAGAUAAUGGCAACAUACAUGAUAAUUUGAAGUCUAAACCAGUACCUCUUCUUCUUGAAAACACAAUUAAUAAUUUACUCAAAGAAAAUAGUCAGCACAUUGGAGAAAAAUCGGCAUCACAUUCACCCCCUGAUCGUCAAGAAGUCUUCAAACGUCUUCAAGAAAUAAAACUGCCUUUAGACCCUAAACACUCACAAGAGCUACAUCUAGAAGGAAAUAAUAAUACACAAGCUGAUGCAUUUGGUUCAUCAAAAUCGACAGAUCUUCAUAGUAACACAUCCGAUGAUGACAAGCUGUAUUUUAAAACCACGUUUGAUUCACUGAACAAGUUAAGCUCGGAUGAUUGGGAAAAGAAACUUUCAAUUAGUGUUCCACUGAGUAAGGAUAACUUAGUUGCUGACAGUGUCGCUGCUGAAGAGGAAACACCUUAUGAGGCAGUUUGGAUGAUGAAAGGUCAUAAAUCCCCUCAUGCCUUGAAACCUGGGUCACAAACAGAACAAUCUGCAUCAAUAGGCAGCAAAGACCCAUUGGCUCCUUUUGGUAAAACUGACCCUUUUCCAGAACUUAUGUCUGUUGAAGACAGUGUUAGCGCAGAUACAAAUGGCAAUGAAUCCCUGUCAAACAGGCCCUCUAACUUAUACUUCAGUGAGGUUAAUAGACAACAAUCCUUCAAUGAACCUCCCCCAGACUUUUCUCCUCCUCCUCUACCCCCAGGAUUUACCCCCCAGUCAGAUGUUUUCCCAGACGAUAGCUCAAUAUUUCCAGAGAGAAGGCCGCCUCCGUCUAUCCCACCAUUUCCGGAAAAAUACCAUGCACCACAAAGUGACUUUAAUGUCAAGGAUAGUGACUCAUUCGAUUUUCAAAAUGGAGCUCGGGAAACACCAAGUCCGGAUUAUAGUCGCUCAUCAUUCACUGAUUUGGCUAGUAACAGAGCCACCUAUGGAUUAGAAACUGAACCCAAAAUAUUAGUUCCCGAAAAAUUAAAUCAGAGAGAGGAGGAGUCUAUAUAUGCAUAUACUGAUGGUGGUACACUUCAGCGGAACUUUGAUCCAUUAUUUGCCACAUCAGAACAGACUUAUGAGGAUCCCCCUAUGUCUAAAGGUACCCCCAAUAGACAAGCACCUACACCCCCAGGCCUGCCCCCUAGGGGACAGAUUGAUAUCCCCAAAACUGAGAGUCCAUCUUAUGAUGUCCCCGAAGAUGUUCACCCAAGUGGGAGCUCUCCUAUUUGGAGACUAGACAGUGUCACAUCCUCAGUGAGUGAGGUUGAGCUGAGUGAGGACAGUUUGAGUGACGGGGGAGAGUUCUACAGCUCUGCAGACUUCAAACCUAAAGUACAUGUAGACAUAAUAGGGUCCCCAAGUGUUGAUACUGCACCAAUAAAAGCCAAGACUGGGUAUCUCUACAAGCAAGGAGGGAAGCAGGGCAACAAGGGAUGGCGUAAGAGGUGGAUCAUUUUCAAUGGAGUUGAUCUUCGUUAUCUGGAGAAUGAAAGGAGUAUGGAGUCAAAACGCAUCAUUCCCGCGUCGGUUAUGCGGAAUGUGGAAGAAAUUGAUGUCAAGUCUGGUGAUAGCAAACCCUAUAGGUUCAAACUAUACACAAGAGAUCGCAUCUUCAUCUUUGCAGCACAAACCAAAGAUGAUUUGAAUGGCUGGGUUAAAACUCUAACACAAGUUGUGAUACAGCAAAUGCACCAAGGCCAGGUUGACCUGGAUGGAGGGGAUAUGAAUCAACCAGACAAGGAGGGUUACAUCAGGAUGGAUGGCACUAAAGGCAAAGUGUACUUAGCCAUUAAAGGAGAGAAGUUAUGCUAUUAUAACACACAGAAUGACUUCAUUGUUGGCACCCCAGUGCAGGACAUAGAUAUGAAACUCACCUCUGUCAAGGAAAUGGGACCACGCAAGUUGCAGCUUAGUACCCCACAGAAACAUUACAUGUUGAUAUUUGACAGUGUAAAGGAAUGCAAUGCAUGGAAGACGGCUCUGGAAAAAGCCAUAAUGGAUGGUCUCUCAGACAAUCAGGUGAUAUUUGAAGUGUAUGAGAAUGAAGACAACAAGAUAUGUGUUGACUGUGGGGCACCAGAUCCCGACUGGGCCUCAAUAAACCUUGGAGUAGUGAUGUGUAAGCAAUGUGCAGGUAUUCACAGGAAUAUGGGGGUCCCUAUGUCCAAAGUACGCUCCCUACGAAUGGACCACAAAGAUUGGACCCCAUACAUGUUAGCCAUAUUUAGCAGAGUUGGAAAUCGCAGAGCCAAUAAUUUCUGGGAGUUUAUGGCUUAUGAUAGAGACAAGAUAACUCAAAAAGCUGACAGCACCACAAGACAGCAGUAUAUCUUUAACAAAUAUAAGACGAAAAAAUUUGUGAAAAUUCACCCGCUAGAAGGGGACCAGUUUGCGCUGAAUGAAGCACUUUGUACAGCAGUACAGCAACCUGAUGUUGUAGCUACAAUGGAGUUACUAUUUUCUGGGGCUGACAUACAUGCAAAAUCAGCAGUAAUGGAAAAUGAAGGAAAAUCAGCACUAGAACUAGCCAAAGCGGCCCAAGAGCAUGUGCAAGUGGAAUUUCUGUUUCGGAAUGGAGCUGAAGUUAUAUCAGAUAGUCCACAACCACCACUGCCAUCUGUUGAGAGCAACAAUACUAUUUCCAGGCUGUCUCUUCAUGAUGUGCCUCCUCCAGUGGCUGGACCAGCCUCACCAGUGCCAUAUAUAUAUAAAGGAUACCUCCAUAAAACUGGGGCCAACAAUAAAGAAUUCCAGAAGAGAUGGUGUGUGUUAGAAUGUGGCUGCCUGAGCUAUUACACUGAUGAUAAGUCCACAAGUGCCAAAGAUACCAUAGAAAAGUCAGAAAUGCUGAGUAUAUCAGUGACGACCAGUGUGAAGUUUGAGUAUGCGUUUGAACUAAGCACUACCAAAACUGGGGGCAGACUCUAUACAUUCGCAACAGAUAGUAAAGAUGACUUUGAUAGCUGGAUGUCAUUUAUUACUAAGAGCCUGGCAUUCCUUUCUGCCGUAGAACACACUGAUGAUGUCACGAGUGCUGGCUUUGUGUGGCUGCGUGAUGGCUCAACAUCAGACUGGGAGCACACAUGGUUCCAGCUGAAAGGCAGAUGUUUGGGAGUUGCUACAAAGGAUAGUGUUUCCUAUGAAGAAGUUGACUUGCGGAAAAUUAUCAGCAUAAAAAAGCGAGAAGGGCCAGAUUUAAAUGGAUGCCCUGAAGCCUUUGACAAGGGGCUCAUGUUUGUUGUAGAUAUGCCCCAAAGCAGAGCCCUCUAUAUACAGGGUGAUCUUAGACACGAGACAGAAAUGUGGUACACACUUAUACAUUCUGUUAUAACAAGUAACUCUAUGCUAAUAGAUGAACAACAGCUCACCCAAGACAAUGUUCCAGUUGUUGUUGCUAAAUGUAUAGACUUCUUAUCUACUCAUGGUUUGCAGUCUGAAGGAAUUUAUCGCCUGGCAGGUAGUCAUACUAGAAUUACAGAACUACUGGAGGAGUUUACUAAAGAUGCAAGAUCGGUUGUUCUCAAACAAGAUGAUUACACAGUGAAUGAUGUUGCAAACACACUCAAGCGUUUCUUCAGGAGUCUCAAGGACCCACUUAUGACAUUAGAUCUUUAUGCACGCUGGGUGGAAACUUCAGGUAUACAAGACCAUGAUAGCAAGCUACAGUGGUAUAAACACCUACUCUCUGAACUACCUGAGGUCAACUACAACACGUUAAAAGCAUUGAUCUUUCAUUUAGUGGCUGUUGUCGAAAAUGAAGCAGAAAAUAAAAUGGGUGCAAUAAAUCUGGGUUCCUUAUUUGGGCCUGCGUUGAUGACGUUAGAUGAUACAGGAAUUAGAGGAGGGUUCUCUCAGACGCAGUAUGAGAUAUCAUGCCUUGUAGAUAUGCUCACCUAUUAUGAGUGGCUCUUUGAGGUGAAGAUUCAAGAAAAAGAAAAGGAGCGUAAGAUCCAAGAAGCCUUGGAGAAGAUGAAGAUUGCUGGUCAAUCCAAUCAGAGCCAAGCAGGGGAUCUCCUUAUCGCCAUCUAUUUGUACAACAACAGAGAUGACCCCAUUGCAAAUGUUAAGGUACCCGCUCAGAUGACAUGUCAACAAUUAUUGGACCAACUUCUCAAGGGAGGUAAGGUCCCAGCAGGCACUGAUAAGGACUGGGGACUCUUUGAGGUGAUCUGCAGUGGAGAACUCGAGAGGCCAGUACAUUGCUGUGAGAGGGUACUAGAUGUGAUAUUACGCUGGGCCUCGUGGGAUGACAAAUCUCGUAAAGACAAUUUUCUUUGUCUGAAGGAGAACCUCGUCUACAAGUUCAUUGGUUAUGUGGUUGAACCCCAAAGCUCUCUAUUUUCGGAGAUGUACUAUAGCGAGAAAGGACGCCGAGCGUUCAAAAAGCUCUACUUUGAGUUCAACCAAUCAAAACUUUCCAUGAAAAAGGACACUAAGGCUGCCAUGGCCUCGGCAGAAUGGAGAGUCGAAGACAUGACUAUAUACAUGGGAACGGAGAAAGAUCGCAAACCACCAACCAGGUGGAGUUUUACAUUCUUAGUUGACUCAGAACGUGAAGUCAGAGAUCCUAGCUACUUUGGACGCAGUCUAUGUUGUGAUACAGAAGAGGAAAUGUACAAAUGGAUAGCUGGAAUGAUACAUGCACAGCAUCCUGAGGGCCUUACAGAUGUGUCAGAGGAGGCCAUGAAACACCACAGACCAGUCUCUGCAGUAUUCUCCCCACCAGGAAUUGGUAGAAAUCCCGCCAAGAAAUCAUUCUUCAAAAAGAUUUCUUCGCAAUUAAGGAGGAAUUAGAAUGUAUUACCAUUUCAUGAACAAUCACGAGCCAACACACAAGGAAUAUGUUCCUGAAACAGUGGAUGUAGAUAAAGAGAUUUAAUGAAAGAAUAUGUCAAAAGAAAUAUAUCAAGGACUGAAGAUGCUGUGUUUCCAUGUUAAUAUAUAGGAAUGUGAGUAACACAUACCAGAGACAUACAAAACAUGUCUCUGCACUUCCACGAGAAUUUCCAAAACUAGAGUUUUUGAUAAAAACGACCAAAGACCUGGUCUUUUGUCUGUUGUGUGCUGCUAAUGAAAUCCCUAAAUGUAUUGUGGCAAAUAACAAAAAAUGGAAUCAUGGACUGUAUGUCUUUGAAAAUAUGUAAUGAUUACAUGUGUAUAGGGCCAACAA